UCCAAUAUGGCGGAUGAGGAAAACACAAACAUGGGUGUCGACAAGGGAAAAGACGAGCCCUUCUCUAAAACUGUUAAGCCUCUCAUAGAUGAAGUUUUGAGGAGAAUAGGCGGCCAAAGCAAUGCGGAAAACAAGAGUGAUCCCGCUGACAGCUGCUCUACCACGGAAUACUGCGAGAGACUUCAGGCGUGGAUGUGGCAGUACUACUCCGGAUAUGUGCACUGGCAGAGCUGGCUGGCAGCGACAGCCAUGUAUCCUUACUCUAUGCAAUUACCCAACAGUAUGUCCAUGCCACACAUGGAUCUGAACACCCACACCUGGCACACCGGGCCUGGACUAGCUCUGUCACCUUACAGCCCGGGGGCCCCGUCCUCCACCAGCCGCGCAGGUGAAGCUGCUCCCGGGGCUGCAGCGCCGACGCAGCGGCCGCAUGAGGAGGCGAACGUGCAGAGACCAGGCCGAGAAUACAGUAUUCCAUCACCUUUGCAAAGACUAUUUGCUGAAAUGGUGGAUUUCUUCAUUUUGUUUUUCAUCAAAGCUACAAUAAUUAUUAGUAUUAUGCACUUAAGUGGAAUAAAGGAUGUGUCCAAGUUUGCCAUGCAUUUUAUAGUAGAAGAAAUAGAUGAAGACACAUCCAUGGAGGAGCUACAGAAAAUGAUGCUGGUUGCACUUGUUUACCGUAUAUUAGUUUGCUUUUAUGAGAUUGUGUGCAUAUGGGGAGCCGGGGGAGCCACUCCAGGGAAGUUUCUUGUUGGACUCAGGGUUGUAACAUGUGACUCUUCAGUCCUGGUUCAACCCAACAGAGUGUUUGUUGUACCUGCGACCAAUGUGUCCUUUUCAGCAUCAACAGUUCGAGCUUUGAACAAAAACUUUUCGAUUGCCUUCUUUUUCCCAGCCUUCAUAACUCUACUGUUCUUUCAGCACAACAGGACAGUCUAUGACAUGGUUGCUGGUACGAUUGUUGUUAAGCGCUCCAGAGUAAGAUGACGGCACUAACCAAAGAUGUUUCUGCGACAGCUGUGCAGGCAAUAAGUGUUAUUAUUUAAAAGUGCUUUACAAACAGUACUUUGUUAUAUAAAACAGGGUUUAUUUAAAGUUUGGUAAAAGUUCUUUGCAUUUUUAAAACUUUGACUUGAUUGAACUUGGACGGUGUUUGUGCAUGGAUGAUACUUUCAAAUUACAGUGUACAGUAUGCGUUGUUAAAACCUAUUAAUUUAUUUACCACUAAAGAUGAAUGUAUCAGUGUUUCUAAUUGCAUUCAGUUUCACUAUGAUAUAAUUUGUCUGUAUUAAAAGUGACUAAAUUUCUGUUAACAGACUAUGCUGGAAACGGACUAUUUCACUAAAACGUUGUUACUCAAGUGUAUUCCUGUGAUCAGUAUUCAUUUUCUAAAUGUAACAUCAAUGAUACUUUGAAUACUCACAUCCAAAGUUUAAUUAAAAUAACUAAUAUAAUUUCAUAAUUUAAUUUUUGUCCUUUGCAGGGGUUUUUAUUUCUGUGGAAAAUCGUGGCACAUUUUAUUUUGAACCUACUGGUGGUGUAAGCUGCAGUUUUUCUUUAUACAAAGCAUGUCUUUAUUCUUUUGAGUCCAAAUGUUCUGAUUUCCAUAGACAUAAAUUGGGAUAGUAAAAUACAUGAAUAAGGCACAAUUUAUCAUUAUCAGUUGGGUGUUUCUAGCUUUCCGACAAAAUUGAUAGUUCAGUCUUAGAUUAAUAACCGUAAAAGUAGUUAAAUAAAUUACAUAUGAAGUUCACCUCUAGAGGAAAACCAAAGAACACAGAUAAACAACAUUGUACCUGAUCAAAUUCUGUCAAAAUUGCAUUAAAGACUGGAAUUCCAUUGGACCUGGAAGUACACAAAUUUUCAUCAGUUAACAGCCUCAUGCAUGUCAUACCUAGGUCUAAUUUUACUACACCAGCAUUAGUUUUGUACCGGGGUGGCCUUUGAAAUCAGCUCACAUCAUUUCAUAUUCAAUUCUGUGUUUGUGUUCAAUCUGGGGGCUCUGUGCUGUUUAGUGCUGUUUGGUGAUUUGGUGCCUGGAAAACUUGACUAUAUUUAUGAGAUGCCGAGAUUUUCACACCUGCAGUUGACUGUGUCCAAUAUCUGGCAAGUGUUGACAAGAGUGGCUGAGGCUGGUCCACUAAAUGGCAGUUUCAGCUGACAAUCACAGAUGGUGCUUCAGAUUAUAGAGCCAGGACCCCUCUGCUGCUGUAUACCCCUCCAUCACUGAACUAAUGCACCAUGUAGUCAUAUUUGAAGUCUGAUGGAGCUACUUGACUGUUGUGAUGAGGAAUACAUUCAUGUUGACUCUUAUAUAGCCAAAUGGUGGUAGAUUUAAAUUUAUAAUGCUUUUUAUCCACUUUGGUCAGUUUAUUUUUUGCUUAGCCUUGAGUGCAUAGUAAUAAAGAUAAGAAAUAUGAAUGGUCAAAAGAUUUAUUUAACAGUGCAAGUCACAUUAUAGAUUUGAUCCCCGAUUAAAUGUAUGUUAUGAAAAUAUAUUUGUAUUUGUAAUAUAAUGUAUUUGCUACUAACCUAAUUUUG